AUGAAGUCCAUCGUGGUGUCUGUCAGUCGAGCUAUCAAGCCAUUUGCUGAAGGUGGUUGCAGACCACCUGAUUGGUUCUCACAAAAGAAUUGUGCCUUACAGUAUGCUGACUUACUGGAAAAAGUUGAAACUCCAAAAAGGAAGCGAGGAGACAAAGAAAUUAAUGAAACCCCAGGGGAACAAAUUGUGAGAAAGCUGACAUUAGAAAGACUUGAGGAAUUAAUGAAGAUGAUCACAGAUGAAGAGACCAAAUACAAGAAAUUAAAACAUGAAAUUGAAUGCAUCCAAAGUGGUCAAAUGGAUGAUUAUCUACCUGAAAUAUGGAAGAACAUUGUGAGAGAGAAGCGUGCUAAAGAGAAAGCGGCUGCAGCUGUAUGUGAGAGAAGAUAUGAAUUAUCAGAAAGCCCCAACAAAACGACCAGUACACCAGGUAUUCUCAAGAUAAAGCACAUUCCUUCAAAACAAGGCCAUACCCCUGGCUCAGAAACCACCGAUGAAAAAAGCAAUGACUCCACAAGCCACACAAUGGAUAUCCCAUCUCCUCUGGAGACGGAUAGCACAAGUCCUGUCAGCAGCUUACCCAUAGUGACCACAGCCACUGCCCCAGCAGUGGUAGCCCCUGUGAUGCCCUCCAUGGAAACAGCGACUCCAGUUACCACUGUCACCACUCCAGAACCUAUUCCACCUCCUCCACCUCCACCUCCACCCCAGCAACAACAACAGCAGCAGCAGCAGCUACAACUGCAACUGCAAGCCCAGCAACAGUUGCGGCAACAUCAGCAGCAGCAGCAGCAACAACAACUGCAGCAGCAGCAACAGCAGCAGCAGAAACCCAAGCCGACCCCUCCAUCAUCCCCACUUCUUUCUUCUCUUCUACAGAGUAAACUAAAGAGUGCAGAUGGCCUGCAGCAACUGAAAAAGGAGGCAGAAUUAGAGCAUUCGGCAGCCCUUCAAGCAUACCAGCACCUGCAAGUGUCUGAUGCAACUAGUGUGCAUUCAGCGCAUACGUUGUCAUCUUUAUCAUCAACUUCAUCAUCAUCAUCCACUUCUUCAUCACCUGCCACAUCUGUGCUGGCUCCAGUAGAACUUCCCAUUACAGUGACCUCAGGCUCGUCAGGGCUGACAAUAUCCUUGCCCAGUAAGCCCCUUUCUACACCACAACAGCAACAACAACAACAACAGCACAUACCAACUGCACUUCCUAACAUUGCAACUCUCAGCAGCAGUGCACCCCCACUUCAGACUCUGUCCUCCCCAGUGACAGGCACUCAGACCACACAGUUACCUGCCAUGGUUGCUUUACCUGUCCCUAAGACGCUUACUGCACCCACCAUAGUGAACACAAUUUCUCCCGAACUGUCCACUGGUAUAACUAGACUUUCACAAGAUAUCACAACAUCGCCCUCGACCUCUGCUCCAACAUUGUCAAAAUUAUUAGGAACUCCAGCCCAGAGUAAGAUCCAUAUGGUGGAUCCGAGAACUCUCCUGGAAAUAGCAUCUACUCCUGAACUAUCUCAAGAGAAAACAGAGCUAAAGAUCGAAGAUCUCAUCUCUCUAUUUCUUUCUCUCUCUCUCUCUCCUCUCUCUCUCUCUCCUCUCUCUCUCUCUCUUCUUUCUCUCUCUCUCUCUCUCCUCUUCUUUCUCUCUCUCUCUCUCUCCUCUUCUUUCUCUCUCUCUCUCUCCCUCUUCUUUCUCUCUCUCUCUCUCUCUCCUCUUCUUUCUCUCUCUCUCUCUCUCCUCUUCUUUCUCUCUCUCUCUCUCUCUCCUCUUCUUUCUCUCUCUCUCUCUCCUCUUCUUUCUCUCUCUCUCUCUCUCUCUCUCUCCUCUUUCUCUCUCUCUCCUCUUUCUCUCUCUCUCACUGAAUGUGUGGAAGAAAAGCCAACUCCCUUGAGUAAUAUUCAAGAUGAAGACACCUCGUCAAUGGGUUCCCAGGCCAAAGACCUGCUUGAAGUGGACGAUGAGAAACUCGCUUCAGUUGCCGCUUCAAUUUCCUCCAAAGUAGAACAAGAUGAAGAAACACAGCAACAGGCACCAUUACUCUCCCCUAAAACUGAAUUGGACGAGGCUUGUGCUGCAGCAGCAUAUCUUGAAACCUCAACCUCUCAAACUGUUAACAUUUCAGAAUCUUCAGCUGUUACGGCGCCACCACUAAUUCAGCCAAAAACAGAUGAAACUAGUAAGGACAGCCUAGAUGAAACUUUAGCAACUGAAGCUGAAGGAGUGGAUUCUCCAGCUACUUUGGGAAACAAAUUCAUCAGUGUGGAUGAGGAAAUCUCAAUAUCCAUAAAAGAUGAGCCAUCUUCACCGUCAAGCAGUGUCUCUUCAAAGCUGAGUGAGCCAACAUCCAGUGCAGGACGUCCAAGGGGACGUGGCAGAGGUAGAAAGAAAGGUGGAAUAAAUAGACGAUCAGUCAAAAGACAAAUUAUUGAGGAUGACAAGAAAGAAGAUGGUGGUAGUUCGAAACACAGUGAAGCGGAAUUGACCGAAGACGAUUCUGCUCGGGAAAGUGAUGACCCUGCCAAUACAGUGAAUAUGUUGGCUCAGUCUGGCCUCUCAGCUGUCCUCUCUGAUUCCAUCCCUAACAGUCCGGCAUCUUUAUCCCAUUACAGUGACACAGAAGAUGAGAAGGCCUACAGAACUUGGAAAAAGUCUAUUAUGUUGGUCUACAGAGCAGCUGCCACUCACAAAUAUGCGAAUGUUUUCCUGCAUCCAGUGAAAGAAGAAAUUGCUCCUGGUUAUCACAGUAUUGUACACAGACCAAUGGAUCUGAGUGCCAUAAAGAAGAAUAUUGAAAUGGGUGUGAUCCGAUCAACCACAGAAUUCCAACGAGAUAUGAUGCUUAUGUUUACUAAUGCCAUUAUGUACAACAGUUCAGAUCACAAUGUUUACUCAAUGGCUCGAGAGAUGUACGAUGACGUCAUGCAACACAUUGAGCAAUUUGUUAGUACGCAGCUGAUGGUGCAAACAGAGGUGAAGAUGUUGCGUCCAUCACGAAGAAUAGAAAGCAAUGAAAAGGAUGAAGAGACCAAGAAAAAGAAAAUUGACCCGAAUCAAGAUGGUGGUAAGAAAAAGAAGCGUCCAAAAACAAAUCCUGAAGAACCAGUUGUAGAGAAACCUGCUUAA